AUGUUAGGCUACAGUGCAGUCCCGCGAACCAUGAGCCACCUAAAUAGAGCUGCUCCCGGAAGUGGUGGCCUUCCACCCACUUCUGGUUCUUCUCUUUCACCUGGUGGGCUUGGUGGUCUCGCUCCUGGAGUCAGCACCGCAAUUCUGAGCAGUAAUACUAUACUUUCGAACCUAGCAAAAGCUACGCACUAUUCAGUCUCUGCUAAAAUAUACGAACGUUGGGCCAGGCGCUUUGUGAUGUUAUACUUAACUAGUGAAAUAGAGGACGCCCGGCGAGUAUAUGAUGGUCUGGACUCCGAUGCUAAACCCAAGGCUUCCCUUUAUACACCGUCUACAUCCGUACGCACUCCUAGCGCUGGAUGUGGUCUAAUAAAGCUAUCUCGGCUGUCGCAUCUCAUAGUGGACGAUGCUCACCUGGUUGCCCUGGAAGAUCUUUCAUCCCCUCUUUCUACAAUACUUUUGGAUCAUUAUGGAAAACUACCUACUGCCGGACGGCCGCGCGUUCUAGGUCUAACUCACUACCCUUUGGAACUAGAAGCCAAUUUUGGAUACUCUGCUCUGCGUAUGGAACAAUUAUUGGAUGCUCGGAUCUUGGGUAAUCUUGAUGCGAAAAGAUUAGAAGUAGCUCACAAUGCCAAUAGACUGGAAGUUUCAGUGCUUGAGUAUGAAUCCGUAAAGGAGCAUUGCCCGUACUCCCUCCAGGUUUCCAUCCGGCUUUUGAAGCAGCGGGGCUGGUGUGUUCCUCUGUUCUCGUUAUUUAAUCCUGAUUCGGAUUCAGAGGGUCUAAUCAUGGACAAGAGGACUGUUACAAUACCCCUGCUGGAAGGAAUAUCCCUGGAUCAGACAUCAAAACUUAAUGAGAUCCUGAAAUAUUUGAACGCUGCAUCAAUGUCAUCGCACUUUCGGUGCAUCAUAAUUGUUAGGAACCCGUUCACUGCGCUAGCUCUUGAAUGGCACCUCUCUAUAUACCAACAGCCCAAAGUACGAAGUGCCCUCUACUUGGACCACUUGAAGAUAGAUCACGAAUCUGGCACUAGAGAAGCUUUGGAAGAGGAUUUCAAGAACGGUCAAUGUGCACCUCUUUCCUUGAUUACCGAGCAAGUAGAACUUGCAUUUCGCUACACAUUAAAUCUUUGGCGUAUUCUUGGAAACAAGCAAUAUGACAGUCCUUCCGGCGAAUUGGCGUAUUUUGUACUUCCUGUCAAAUUUGGUCCGAAUUUCGAGCCUACCCGUAUUGCUCGCACGACCUCGAUUGAACCGUGCAUAUCAUGGCAAGAGGUCAACGACUUGGUUUCGUUCCGAGUGCGACCCCUAAAAUGUAACAACGUGGAUGAGAUGUGGCUGGAUUUAAUGAAUGGUGUCAUUCAGGACCGUUCGAACGAAUUUACUCGUAGGUUUGAGAAUGCCAAGCUACGAAAGGACCUGAAUCCACUAUCAUUGAUCAUGCAAGACAAGCCUGGAGAGCCCCAGAUAUCGUUGUUGGACUAUUAUAGAACCCACCGGCAUGAGUUCGAGGGCAUCAAAACCUACAGCAGCCUCUUAUUGAAGCGACUUUGUUACCGGCCUUGCAAACCAGCUCAACCCCCAGGAGCCCACGUCCAAAGGACAACCAACUACCUUGUGCCGGAAAUAUGCUACGUCUCCAGUAUUCCCGCCCCAACUUUCCGGACAGCAUCGCUCCUCCCAUCUGUGAUCUGGCAUAUCGAGAAUGUAUUGAUCGCCAAGGAAGUCAACUUGACGUUUUUCCAAGGUCAAAUACAGGAUGAGCUUGUUGCACAUGCACUCUGUUCCCGUAUGGCCCAUCGCACUUUUAGCUACGAGAGACUCGAAUUUUUAGGAGAUACUUUUAUCAAAUAUGCUGCAUCCGCUUACCUAUAUGGUGUAGAACCAACUGCACCUUCCGGGGUUCUACAUUCAAAACGGCAGAAAAUGGUCAAUAACAGAUCCUUAUGGUUGGGGGCCCAGGCGCUGGGCCUGCCGCCGUGCAUUCAAUCGGAUGUGUUCCGACCCAAGCAAUGGGUCAUCCCCAACGUUUUGAUAUCAAAGAAAAGCCCUAUUCAUGGAGAGAACCCAGGAUUUACCGGGCAAGCUCAGUUGCUAAACUCUAGACAUAUUCACACCAUUGCGGAUGUGGUCGAGGCCAUGAUUGGCGCCGCUCUUUUGAGCGAAGGCGAGGAGUUAGCCUUUUCCGUAGCCAAAACUCUGGGCUUUGACACCCUCAAAACCUGUGACUGGCUCGAUGUUAUUUCCUACGCACCCAACAAGUCGAUGACUAUGAAGGAGUCUGAUCACAAGGGAGAAACUUUGGAUGGGCUCAUAAAGAUCAUAGGCGUUUCAUUAGACAAUCCUGAGUUACUAUUACAAGCGAUGAACUGUGCAGCAACACGCAUCAAUGGCGAGAUCUUCCGAAUCAUACGAACGCCUAGAGUUCUUGGGGGACGCCGUUCUAGAUAUGCUGGUUGUGCAAUCGUUCUUCUCGAUGAAGAGGAAUGGUCGCCUCAUAGCAUGACCCUGAUCAAGAGUAGCAUGGUCUCUAACAGAGCCCUCGCAAUCAUCUGUAUCGAGUCAGGUUUACAUCAAUACUUGAUGCACGAUACAAAUUCUCUGGCACAAAGCAUCGUAACAUUCAUAGAUGAAGUCCAAAAAUGCAAACAGAUUGCUCGGACUGAUGCACAACGUUUGAAGUAUUGGUCCAAAUUAGUCGCACCAAAGGCCUUGGGAGAUGUGGUUGAGUCCCUCUUGGGGGCAAUUUAUAUUUCUUCUGGAUUUAGCAUUACGCGAGUGAAGACAGUCUAUGAUCGCGUAUUGAAGCCCUUUUACGACCGGUACAUAGAUAAGAAAGCUAUGCUAACACACCCCAUGUCUCGACUCAUGAAGAGGUUGGAGUCAAUCGGAUGUCGAUCAUUCGGGGUUGCGAAGGCUGAAACGCAGCUUCCAAACGGAGGAACUGGGUUCAAGUGUGAAGUCAAAAUCCAUGGCCAAAUAAUUGUGCAGGCAUCAUCUGAGAAAGCCCAGCAGGCCAUUAAAGAUGCCACAGAACGAGCACUAAACUUACUUGAUGCACAGCCUGACCGCGUUCUGGCCAAUUCGCAAAAGAGUGUCAAUGGAGGAUGCGGAGAAGGAGAAAUUGUUGAAGCACUUCCUGGAGAUGAUGCAGACCACCCGAUUGACGUUGAUAUGUUUGAUUUUUGA